AAAAUGGAUAUUAUCUUGUUGUGGAGUCUCCUAUUGCUUAUUUCUGGAAAUCAACCCUCAAGAUCCUUGGCUCAAAAAAAUACCGAGUUUGCAGUAGAUCUCUAUCAAGCUAUUUGCUCAUCACAUAAGAACAACAUUAUAUUUUCUCCCUUUGGAACAACUUUGGUUCUUGGAAUGGUGCAACUGGGAGCAAAAGGAAAAGCCCAGCAACAGAUAAGACAAACUUUAAAACUUCAGGAAACCUCACCUGGAGAAGAAUUUUCUGUGCUGAAGUCAUUUUUCUCUGCCAUCUCAGAGAAAAAACAAGAAUUUACAUUUAAUCUUGCCAAUGCCCUCUACCUUCAAGAAGGAUUCACUGUGAAGGAACAGUAUCUCCAUGGCAACAAGGACUUUUUUCAGAGUGCUAUAAAACUGGUGGAUUUUCAGGAUGCAAGAGCUUGUGCAGAGACGAUAAGUACCUGGGUGGAAAGCAAAACAGAUGGCAAAAUUAAAGACAUGUUUUCCGACGAAGAGUUUGGCCCUCUGACUCGGCUUGUCCUGGUGAAUGCUAUUUAUUUCAAGGGAGACUGGAAGCAGAAAUUCAGAAAAGAAGACACACAGCUCAUGAGUUUUACUAAGAAGGAUGGAUCAGCAAUCGUAAUUCCCAUGAUGAAGGCUCUUCUGAGAGCAAAAUAUGGUUAUUUUUCUGAAUUCUCCAUAAACUACCAGGUUUUGGAGUUGCCUUACAAAGGUGAUGAAUUUAGUUUAAUCAUCAUACUUCCUGCAGAAGGUGUGAACAUUGAAGAAGUGGAAAACCUAAUUACUGCUCACCAAAUCCUGGAAUGGUUCUCUGAGAUGCAUGAAGAGGAAGUGGAAAUCAGCAUGCCUAGAUUUAAAGUAGAACAGAAAUUAGACUUCAAAGAAGCUUUAUACUCUCUGAAUGUGACUGAGCUGUUUAGUAGUGGCUGUGACCUCUCUGGAAUAACAGAUUCAUCUGAAGUGUAUGUUUCCAAUGUCAUGCAAAAAGUUUUCUUCGAAAUAAAUGAAGAUGGCAGUGAAGCUGCAGCAUCAACUGGCAUGCACAUCCCUACGAUUAUGAGUCUGGCUCGACACCAAUUUAUAGCAAAUCAUCCAUUUCUGUUUAUAAUGAAGAAUAACCCAACAGAAUCAAUUUUGUUUAUGGGAAGAGUGACAAAUCCAGACACUGAAAAGAUGAAUGGGAGAGAUUUAGAUUCACUGUGA